ACAAUAGAUGCAACAACAACAGCACUUCAUGGGUUACGGAAAUCUUGUCAAUAGUGAACGUUUACGUCAAAAUCGACGUAGUAGUAUGGCAUUACCACCAACACCAUCAUCUCUAUCCAAUAUAAAAGCACCGAUACGUUUAAUCGGUGAAAUGGAUGAUUGGAAUUUGCCUAGUUGUUCUGAUGAUUCUGAAUAAUUAAUUUAUGGUUAAGAGAAAAGAAGAGAAGACAACGAGAAUUCUUGUAUACAUCUAAGA